AUGUGGCAAAGGCCUCCUGCAUUUGGUGCAAUGCCAAUGCCAUAUGUGUGCUCAUCCUCCUUUGAAGGUUACAUCACAUUAUUUUUACAACGACUUCAUCAAUCAAGGUUGUACGUUAGGAUAGAAAGUAACGGCCCUAUUUUUUGUUCAGGAUUCUCCAUAGAUGAGAGACAUUACAUGUUAUCUAAUUUUGUCCCUUUGUUCCUGAUAUUUGUACAGCUUAGGAUUGUUUUUGUGGCAACAAGCAUACAGAACAUUUUUCCUUCUCAAACGGAAGUAUUAAUGCUGUCUUUAUUUCUGCCCUUGACUUUCUGUUCUUCCUUUCUUUGCACAUUUUUUUGA